AUGUCACACCUGCCAGGACUUCUCAUCCGAGAAGCCACCACCCGACCAUCACAAUGCACAAAAGACACAUGUCCAGCCUCCUACUCCAUAUAUGGCUACGCACCAAAUCUAGGCGCGAACGCCUUUUUCGUCGCUCUUUUCGCCAUCAGUUGUCUGCUCUUUUGCUACCAAGCACGCUUAUACCGUAAAUGGCUUGGAUUCUCCAUCGCGAUGGUACUAGGAACGGCUUUGGAGAGCAUAGGCUACGCGAGCAGACUCAUCCUCUCCAACGAUCCAUUUUCCCCCACUGGCUUCAAACUCAACAUCGUCCUCCUAACCUUCGCACCUGCUUUCCUCACCGCAGGCAUCUACCUGCUACUCAAACAAAUAACACUUUCCCUCCAACCUCGUCUCUCGCCCCUAAAACCCUCCUUCUACACCCCCAUCUUCGUCUCCUGCGAUAUCCUAGCCAUCAUCCUCCAAGGCGCCGGCGGCGCCCUCUCAGCCGCAGCAGCGAACGGCACAAACAAAAAGUUACUCGACCUAGGCGUUGAUGUAAUGAUAGCAGGACUCAGCAGCCAAGUAAUCACUCUGUUCAUCUUUGCCAUCCUCGCGGCGAUAUUCUUUGUAAGGUGUGCUGGAAACAAAGAUAAAUUCACACCUGCGGCCGGACAUUUGUGGCAAGCAUCAAGUUUCCACACGUUUGUGGGAGCUGCGGUUGUGGCAUUCACGCUUGUUUUUAUAAGAUGUGCUUAUCGUAUCGCUGAACUCAAGGAUGGUUGGGGUUCGCCUAUCAUGAGAAGGGAAGCAGAGUUUGUGGUGUUGGAUUCUGUUAUGGUUUCUGUGGCUGCGGUGUUGCUCAAUGUUUUUCAUCCCGGUAGAUGCUUUAAGCAGAAUCUUAAAGAUACAGCGGUGGAUUUGUCGACGAUUGAUCACAAGGAAGGGGAUGAAGAGGUCGUUGAUGUGUACAUGCAGUCAAAAGCAUAUGCCUGA